AUGAAGCGCUUUGCAAAGCUUGCCGCGGUUGAGAACAUCGACUCGCGGGUGCGCACAAUUCGAGUGAAGGGGCCCAAGAAUGGCCACGUGCAGGUCAGAGGCGCUCUGCCCACCACGCGCCUGGCACCCGGGCUGGAGUUUUCCUUCGAGGUCGUGUUCACACCCCCAAAAGAAGUUCAAUUCAAAGACAAAGUCACUCUGCGCACUGAAUCUGAAACCGUUGCGAUCCCCAUCACCAUUGCCUGCCCUCGGCCGGACCUGCGCCUCCACGGGGACCUGGACUUUGGCGCCAUGCCCCACGAAGCGACCUCGAAGCUGUCCAUGCGAAUCUCUAACGACGGUGGAAGAGAGGGAACCUUCCAGUUCUAUUUUGCUGACGACGCCCAGAUAGAGAUUCAGGAAGGGUUUCCACUGAAGAUAUCGCCGAUGAAGGGCUCGGUGUCGGCGCACGGUUCUGCGGACAUAUGCGCGUCGAUAUUUGGACAAGAGAUUGGGAGCAUCACGGGGGAGGUCGCUUUUCAUUUGGAAGGCAAGGAUGUGAAACGGAUAGUUGCGGCGGCCGCCGUAAUGAAGCAAUCGUUUCAAGUCGUCGAUUCUCACGGAGCGGAGGUGAAAGAGGUGGAUUUCGGAACGCUGUACUAUGGUGAAGAAAGUUCAGCUGGCCUGAGGAUAAUCAACAACGGGCCCAGAGAAAUGAGGUGCACAGUCUCAUUCGGAAACAAGUUCGCCAUGGCAGAGGAGGAACAGGAGAUGGUGGCGGAUGUGUGUUUCCAGGUGGACCCCUUUGCCAGCUUCAUCCAAGCAGCCAGAAUGAAAGCACAAGCAAACGAAACAGGGGAAAAUCCUUUUUCGGUCAACCCACUCAGCAUCGUGGUACCCCCUUUCAAGGAUGGCAACAUCGUGGUCCAAUUCCACCCAUCUGGGCUGACCACGACGAAGGGCUUUACCGCGAACGUGGGCAAAAUGGGCAUCCAGGUGAAGAGGUACGAUUUUGUGGGUCAGAUUGAGUUCGGCGGCGUCGCGGAGAAGAUGCGUUUCCAGAUGAUUGGCCGUGGGGUUGAGUCAUCGGCCUCGCUCAAGCAGAAUUGCCUCAACUACGGGAUUGUGCCGACGUACGAUCACGCGGACCAGCCCCUAGAGAUUUCGAACGCAAAAUGCGAUCUGCCCAUAAGGUUCAAAUUCCCCAAAAAGUCGCCUUAUUUUCAGUGCGACCCGCCCGAUGGCGUCAUUCCGCCGGGACAAACCACUAUGCUCAUCGUCCGCUACUAUCCCAAGUCGCUGGGCAACCACAGCAGCACCAUCCCCAUUCAGAUAUGCUCCUUGAGCGGUAUGCCCCUGAAGAAGCUGCGACUCAGGGUGGUGGGGGUCUCAGUGGAGGUCGGCAAGAAACAGGAGCUCGUUCAGGGAACCGACAAGCUACCGGAAGACUUCAAACGCGCACCCAAAUUCGUGGACGAGGAGCAGGCGUCCUCAGUCGCUCGGAAGCUGCCUUUCAAGCGGCCCAAGCUGUGGGAAGACAAGGAGAACAAUCGCCUGUUUAGCGACAUCGGGGACGGCACGGUGCACGGCCUGAGUCUGGAUGACUACAAGAGGCAGAAGAGGCACAAAGAGCAGUACGACAAUUUCAUACAGGAGAGGCGCCUCGCGAAGGAAAAGGGCCACUUGAACGCACGGGAGAAGGAAAACGACGUGAAUCUGGGAAUGGAGCCGCGCAGUGGAUUGGAGAGUCCAAAACUGACGCGCGUCCAUCAAACGGAUCCCCUCUGGACGAAAGAAGACGAGGAAGAGAAGUACCCAAAGACGCUGAAAAGCAUCACAGCAGAACAAGCGGCAGCCAUAAGACUUUUCAAAGACAAGGCUGAAUCCGAGGAAGAGAGGCGCGCGUGCUCCUCCCCGCUCAGCAACUCAGACAUGGCGAAGCUGGGAGUGGGACCCCUGACGGUGGACUUCGGAAGGGUCAGCAAGUCGGCGCGCCACACGCAGUACUUCGUUGUCAACAACGCCCUCAGCGCACCCAUACAUAUAGUUCUGGACAUCAAGAGGUUCCAGGAGUUCAAGUACACAAGGAACACGAGUCAGGUGGUGCCUCCAGGGGCCAUGGCGAAAUUUCCCAUUGUGCUCUUUUCGAAAGAGGUGAUGGCCGUGAGCAAGAAGAUUGAUUACAUCAUUAAUGGACGGCAUUUCCUAGCAUUUGACGUGGACGCCACGGUGGCGGCGGCCAGCGUGGAUCUCUCUGAAAGGGAGAUCAUCUUCGAGUUCGAAAUGGAUAAUUGGGAGCACUUCGUUGAUCAGACCCUCAUCAUGGACAACCCUAACCCGUUUUCUACCGUCUACGAGUGGGAAUGCAACUGCGAUGAAUUCUACAUCGACCCUAAAUCCGGCACAAUAGGACCCAACAGCUCCCAGACCACGUGCGUCCGAUGGACGCCGGACGCAGACGCCCCCCCGGAGUCGCACGACGGCGUCAUGAUCCUCUCGCUCCAAGGCGGAUCAGAAGGAUCGAAGAAGGUGCGGCUGCGGGGAGAGCUCCCGGAAGUUUCCGUGAAGUUCAAGGAGCAUGCCAUGGAUGUGGGGCCCGUGGCGUGCUCGGUGCCGCAGAGCGUCGGCGUGGAGAUCAAGAACACUGGAGCAAACGAUGCGGCGUUCAGAGGGCUGGUGGCUCCCGAAGAUUCUUUCACUCUUGAGGUGGCCUUCACUUGCGCCGAGGAAGGAAAAUUUGUGGCCCUUCUGGAGAUCGAAUUGCGCAAUCACCAAAUCCUCAAGCUGCCGAUAAGUGCGCUGGCGGUGGUUCCAUGCGUGGACGUUGUCGAGCCCGGAUUCGACUUUGGCGCCGUCCACAUUGGCGGCCUCUCCCGCCUGCCCCUCACAGUAAAGAACACGACGCCCGUGGCGGCCACCAUCCUCCUGGACUUCUCGGCCCUCACGGACUUCGAGAUGGCCAUUCCGAAAGACAGCUGGAGCACGGAAGAGUACGAGACCUGUCCCCUGAAGAGGGCCCACAUGGACUCCGACAGCUUUUCAGUCUGCAGCGCCAGGUUCAGCAAGAGGUGA